AUGGACUCCGGCAAGCUGCAGGUGCAGGUGCGCAGCCUGACGCGCGACGUGGGCGCGCUGCGCGAGGCGCUGCGGCAGGAGGAGAAGAAGCGGGAGCGGCUGGCGGCGCACGCCAAGGCGAGCGAUGCGGUGGCGCAGGGCGCUCGAGCCGAGCUCAAGCAGCUCACCUACGUCAACACCAAGCUGGAGGCCGAGCUGCGCACGGUGAAGGAGCGGGGCGAGGCGGCGGCUGCCAAGAGCCGCGGCGGCCUGGAGGCCGUGCGGGGUCGCCUGGCUGAAGUGGAGCGCUCGGUGCACCAGCGGUCGGUGGAGGCGCACCGCCAGGUGCAGCGCCUGCACAGCCUGGUGCAGGACCUGCAGGCAGCCGCCAUGCCGCUGGCGAUAGCCUCCGCUGCAGGGGCGGCUGGCCCGCACGCCGCGCCCCCACCGGCCCUUAAAACGCCACUGCCCGGCGGCCGCAAUGCGGCACAGCGAGGCGCGACGCCUGAACACCUGCACCGCCAGUUCUCUUCCGUCUUCAGCGGCCUGUCGCAGCUGGCGGCGCUGUUCUCUGGCAGCGGCGGCGCGGACGGCGGCGGCGCCGCGGCUCCCAUGCUGCUCACCGCGCCCGACGGCAGCACCAGGUCUGUGCGGUGGCAGGACCAGAGCAGCAGCGCAGCAGCCAGCGCCGGCCCCAGGCCCGUGCUGUCAACCGGUGCCAGCAGCAGCCUGGGCGGCAGCCACCCCACCGCAGCCAACCCGCCAGCCCCCAGCGCGGAUGCCGAUAAGGAGCGGCUCUCGGCAGAGGUGCGGCGCCUGCGGGCAGCGCUGGCUGAGGCACGGCAGCGGGCGGCGGCAGCAGAGGCCAGCAGCAGCGCCGCCGCCGCGGCCGGUGCGGGCGGUACGGGGCGCGUGGAGGCGGCCAUGCGGCAGCUGGAUGCGGUGAUUCCGCAGUACCGUGCCGCAGCGCACUCCCUCAAGGGCCAGGUGGACCUGCUCAAGGAGAAGCUGGCGGCGGCGGUACGGGAGCGUGCGGCGGUGGCCAGGUGGCAGGGCAUGGCGGCGCAGCACGAGGCGGCGUUUGCCGAGGCGGCAGCCAAGCUGCGCACGCGCGAAGCGCAGUCGCUGGCGGCCAGCACGGAGGUGCAGAGCCAGGCCGACCGGCUGCAGAGCGAUGUGGAGGGGCUGCGGCGGCGGUGCGCUGAGCUGGCGGCGCGCCUGCGGGAGUCGCAGCAGGCGGGGGCGCAGCUACAGGCGUCCCUGGCUGCCAAGGAGCAGCUGACCGCUGCCCAGCAGCAGACGAUCCAGCAGCUGGAGGCCACGAUCCAGGAGCAGCAGGCAGACAUCCGAUCCGCCCUGGACCUGGUCAGCAGUCGCCCCGGGAGGGGAGCGGGAGCAGGGAUUCUGGGUGAGGGGGAGGCUGGAGCUGACGUGUAUCCUGCCUAUGGCGGACUGGAGUUUGCCGAUGGGGAGACCGGGCUUGGAGCUGGGUACUUUGCCAGCGGCGACGGCUGGGAGGAGGCUCCGCCGCCGCCUGGGCAGGCUGGCGCCGCCGCCGUCAGCGGCGACUGCGCCAGCUGGCAGGCCGACGUCUGUGGCGGCGACUUUGGCAGCGCCAGCGGGCGGCUGUCGUCGCUGCUGGAUGCUGCCACAGCCGCUGCGGAUGCGGCCGCAGCCUGGGUGGGCGGCUAUGGUGAUGGAGGGACAGCAGCAGCAGCACCCAUGCCUGGGCCUGAUGCCUGGCCAGAGGAAGAAUACUACGGCAGCAGCGAGGCAGGUUGGACCAUACCGGCAGCAGGCAGCACCGACAGCUGGCCCCCACCCAGCGACUACUGCAGCCCACAGCGCGCAGCAGGCACGCACGCCUCGCCGUCCAAGCAAGCAGCAGCGGCAGGGCAGCCGCAGCGGCACUGCAAGGGGCACCAGCCAUCUGCCACGCACUCGUUGCCGUGCAGCCCGCCAGUCCCUGGCCUGGCGUCUGUUGAAGCCGACAUUGCCGGGCUCGAGGCAGCGUUACGCACUGCUCUGGGCGGCAUGCGUGUGUGA